AUGGUCCUUUCACGCAUCAUUAUCUCCGCUUUGCUCGCUUUCGGGAGCAUCACAGUCGCUCUCCCUGUUGUCCCCGGGGACGUCACUGGUACCACGCCAACACCUGGAUCAGGCGCUCCUCUUCCUCAUCUACAAGGCAGUCUCGCAGUGGGAGAUGGUGUUCCUCUUCAAGACGGUAUGAAAGGAGUUUCUUUGCUGGUGGGCGGACCGUCGUCGCCCCAUGGAAAUGCGGCUGGCAGCAGUAUUUCACGGAGACAAGGACAAGGAUCAUCUGCUGACGGACGCUCAUCCAAUGUCCCGUCACCAGAACAGCUUGGAAAUCACCUUCCAAGCUGUGAGAAUUGUCGUCUUCGAGAAUACAUCAACCGACGUGUGUAUAGAUCUAAGAUCUUUUCCUUCACCCCACGCAAUUCUCAGUUGACUUUGUAUUAUGAUAAAGGGCUGCGCCAAAAGAUGGAUAUGAUCCGAAAAUACCACGGUUUGCACGAAAACUACAAGGCAAUAGUAGACCGACUUUCUAGUAACAUGGAGAAGGCACCGGAAACGCUUGAUGAUGACGACUACCUCGAUAUAAUUAAAGAUCGCGAGGCCGUGACCACCCUUGCUUCUGUAAUCGAGCUUUAUAUGCCGCCUAACAAAGGUGAUCAGUCCUCUCCUUUGUUCCACCUACAGUACCCAAUGCUGACAGAGAUAUAA